AUGUCACCUCCGAGGCUUCUGUCGCAAAUUCUACCGUCCUUGAAGUACAGUCGAGCCACUCUGCAGCAACAAAUCCGUCACCAGUCAACCAAGCCCUCAGCAGAGGCCGCAAAACAGUCUCGCAUCUCCCGCCUUGAAUCCCGUCUUCCACGAUUCCUAGCUCGCUACAUCAAACCUCUGCGCAAUGCACCCAUCUCUCAUAUAACAGCCUUCCUGGUCCUCCAUGAGCUCACGGCCAUUGUGCCACUGUUCGGUCUCACAUUCGCAUUCCACAAGUUCGACUGGUUACCGCCGGUUUUCUCAGAGGGUUACUGGGUAAAAGAGGGUGUCGAAAAGUUUGGAAGAUACUUCAGGCGCAAAGGAUGGAUCAGAGAUGCUGAUGGAGAAGGAUUCGAGGACGAGAAGAACAGGAAAGGGUUUGCAAAGUGGUGGCCUAGGGGUGAGGAUGGUGUGAGAUUGCUGGUCGAGUGA